AUGCUCGGAACACUACGCCUGACUUCCAAAACUCUCCUCCAGAGCGCAUACAUCAGGCCACCCGCGUUCGCGCAGCCAAGACAUUUCGUCCACCCUCAACCUCUGUCCAUCGGUCCCCGGUGCCAAAGAACACUCUUCGACCAUCACAGAGACCCAGAACUUGUCGGCCAGAUCCGCAAAAUUGCCGCAGACUUUGCCUCGGACGAAUCUAGAUUGAAAGCGAUCAUUUCAUUGUCCGACCUCGUCUUUUGCGAUGCGUUGAAGAGCGGAGGAGAGAACGCCAUCGCUAUGCAUCGAGAAUGGCGCAAGAGCUUGCAGAGUAUGAAAGAGCUGCUCGAGGCGGACGCCAAAAGCACAGAACCGAAGUGGACAAAGGACGAGCGAGAGGCGGCUCUCCAAGCUCUCACUAUCACACGUCUCACAUCGAGCAUUGCUGUCAAUAUGAUGGGUCUGUCUGUGGUUGGACUUGGGACCUUGGUUUGGAUAACGUUCACCCAAUAA